CCUGUCUUGUAUGUUUAUGUUGGUUUGGUCAAAAAGAUGUUUUCUUAAUGUCUGCUUAGGACAGCUGAUGAAUAAUUAGGUGAGAACCAUAGGUGUUGAAACAAUGACUAUCGUAAGGCUGCAGUUAUGCGGAUAGUUGAGGAAGAUGAUGAUGGCGGGGAAGAACAAGGCGUUGUUUGGCUCGAUUGAGCUCCUGCUUUUGCUGUGGAUUUCUGCCACAGUCUCAGUUCAUGGGCAGCUCCAAACAGGUUUCAUAAGCAUCGACUGUGGUGGUCCUGUGAAUUUCCGCUAUGUGGACAUUGAUACGGGCAUCAGUUACUCCACAGAUGGAGAUCACAUCGACACUGGAAUAAACCGAAACAUCUCUUCCAAGUACGCAUACCCGAACAAUCCUAAUCUCCCACAGACGCUCUCGGAUCUCCGGAGCUUCCCUCAUGGGGACAAGAACUGUUACUCCCUGAGGCCUGCAGAUGGUAAUGCAAGCUUAAAUUUGAUCAGAGCCUCCUUUCUUUACGGGGAUUACGAUGGGCUCAACAAUCCUCCCCAGUUCGAUCUGUACCUAGAUGCUAGUCUCUGGGUGACGAUUAAGUUCAAGAACUCCUCUGAUGUUGUCACCACAGAGAUAGUAGUUGCAACGUCCAAUGUCGUCUAUGUUUGUAUCGUAAACACGGGCAAUGGAGUCCCAUUCAUAUCGGGCUUGGAGCUCAGGCCGCUAAACAGGUCAAUCUAUAUCACUGAGAAUAGAGAGUUUUCUUCAUUGGUCCUAUUUGAGAGGCUGAACAUUGGGUCCAGUAACAGUAGCAGUCGAUAUCAAGAUGAUAUUUAUGAUCGGAUAUGGCCUUCCUACAUGACCCCUUCGUGGGAUCAAAUCAACACUUCUAUGGCGAUCAACACGAAUGAAAAUGGUUAUAAAGCGCCCUUUCAAGUAAUACACUCAGCUGCUAGACCAAAAAAUGGUACCGGGUCCUUGGAGUUACAGUGGACCUCCAGUGAUGAAAAUGAUCGAUUUUUCGUUUUCCUGUACUUUGCGGAAGUUGAGGCACUUCAGAAGAACCAGUCAAGGAAGUUCAAUGUCUCUUGGAAUGGUUCGCAACUUUUUGGACCUUUCACUCCCCGAUACCUUUAUGCGACCACAUUAGCUAACCCAAAAGCACUUGUGGGGAAAAAUCAUCGAAUUUCCGUUGAUAAAACAGAUGAUUCUACCCUUCCACCGAUCCUCAAUGCAGUCGAGAUAUACAGAGCAAUGCUGGUGGAAGAAUUCUUGACGAACAGUGCAGAUGUCGAUGCUAUUUAUAGUGUCAAAUCGACAUACCAGAUAAACAAGAACUGGGGGGCUGAUCCAUGCGGUCCCCAAAAUUACUCCUGGGAAGGUCUGACUUGCAACUACUCCGUCUCGGUACCUCCUCGAAUAGUAUCCCUGAACCUGAGCUCAAGUGGAUUGAGCGGGACAAUAACUUCCGCUUUUGCACAGCUCUCAUCAUUGGAAUCCUUGGACUUGUCGAACAACAGCUUAAGCGGACCGGUGCCGCAGAUUUUUAACAAGCUGAAAUUUCUGAAUUUUCUGAACUUGAAAGGCAACCAAUUUUCAGGAGCAGUCCCUGAAGCUCUCAUAAAAAGAUCGAAUGAUGGAUCACUCACAUUGAGUGUGGACAAUCAGAACUUCUGCGGCUCCGAUUCUUGCAAACGGAAGAAAAAAAUUCUUAUCCCGAUAAUUGUACCACUGUCGAUAGCGCUGAUAUUAAUUGUUGCUCUGCUAAUCCUAUUAAAUUUGAGAAGAAAAAGAAAAUUAGAAAAUAAUCCUUCAGACAAAGAAAGGAGAUACAUAGCAUCCAAGAAGAGGCAUUUCACUUAUGCUGAAGUGGUGACCAUCACGAACAACUUCCAGACGAUGAUUGGGAAGGGAGGAUUCGGGAACGUCUACCUUGGACAGAUGGGAGAUGGAACGAAAGUUGCAGUCAAGAUGCUCUCUCCCUCGUCAUCACAAGGUCCCAGAGAAUUCGAAGCUGAGGCAGAACUUCUAUUGACCUUUCAUCACAGGAAUUUGGCCUCCUUCAUUGGCUAUUGCAAUGACCUCAUGAAUAUGGCACUUAUUUACGAAUACAUGGCCAAUGGAAAUCUGAAGAAUUUUCUAUCAGAUAGAAGUUCGAGUGUGCUGACUUGGGAACUGAGACUCCGAAUUGCAAUAGAUGCUGCACAAGGGCUUGAAUAUUUACACCACGGGUGCAAACCCCCAAUAAUACAUAGAGAUGUGAAAACAGAAAAUAUCCUCUUAAGUGAGACCAUGGACGCCAAAAUAGCUGAUUUCGGUCUCUCUAAAGUCGUACCCAGUGAUGGCCACAGCCAAGUAAUGACAGCAGUCAUGGGCACCACCAGGUAUCUCGAUCCAGAGUACUACAUUACGCAAAAGUUGAACGAGAAGAGUGACGUAUACAGUUUUGGAGUGGUUCUCUUGGAGCUGAUCACGGGACAGUCUGCAAUCAUUAAGGGCGAAGAACACAUCCACAUACUUGAGUACGUGAACCCUUUCCUAGAACGAAGCGAUAUAAAAGGACUUGUUGAUCAGAGGCUUCAUGGGGACUUCAACAAUAGCUCCAUCGGUAAAGCUCUAGAUAUAGCAAUUGCUUGUACAGCAUCAAGGUCCAUAGAGAGACCGAAGAUGAGCGAUGUGUUGUUGGAGCUAAAGCAUUGUUUAGAAGUGGAACUGUCAAGUGGGCGGGAAAGAAGUUCAGGACCAAGAGAGGAGAUCUGCACUCGGGUUUCCAUUUCACCUGAGAUCUCUUCCUCCGACUUUAGCUCCAUGACAGGCCCAUCACCGAGGUAAUUAACAAACCCAAUGUUGUCAGACAAGGACGGAUUUAAGGGGGGGCGCGGGUGGGUGGUUGCCCCCAUUGAAUUUGGAGCAAUUGUAAAGCAUUUAGAUGUUAUGUUCAGUAGAUCUUUCUUUUUUCUUUUUUUCUUUAUAAUAUCUUACUCGUAUUUGGCUUCAUAAUUUUACCCUGUCUGUUAUUUCUUUAAAUUUUGACUCAUUGCCUAAAUUCUAAACUCGUGUCCUCGUAUGUAAAUGUGUAUCUGCAUAGAAUAUUAUCGAUUUUAAGUAUGUUAUAAUAAGAAUAAAUCCUAUUUAAAAUAG